AUGAUGAUGAUGAUGAUGAUGAUGAUGAUGAUGAUGAUGAUUGUCUAAUUAAACGACUAAUGAGACGCAAAUGUAACAUUUAUCCCCUACAAGGUGGAAAAAAGAAAGAAAAUGAAACAUACCACUCUCGAUCCCAGUCUCUCCUGUUUGUCUUCUCCGAGAAAAUGUGUCGAAAGAGAUGGAGAGAAACGUUCGAGUCUCUCUCGUUUUCUCUCGAUCCAAUCUCAAAUCCUGAUCCAACACUGCAUCGGUCACGAUAAAUAUUGUACAAUACUUUAACGAUGCGCGUUCCUUUAUUUAUUUUUUACCAGUGGAAUUCUCAUCGUUUUCGCUGAAUGAGACAUACACUCACACACACGAAUGGAGAAACGGACACUAUUAUCACAGUCGCCCGCCAUUCGGAUUAUAUAUAUACAUAGUAUAUAUAUAAGUAUAUAAAUAUAUAUACUUUUUGUAAUAUGUCCUGCUGUAAAGACCGCUCCGCAGAGUGACUUAGGAAAAACUUUAGUUGCUACUUCUUUCCUUUCGUCUCGUUGUUUUUCCUAUUUCUUUUGUAAAACGGCGCUUUUUUUUUGUAACAUACAUAAGUUCGGUUUUGUAGAAGCGCGAAAGCUAGCCUCGCGAUCCGCUCGGAAAGGGAAAAGUGAAUUUAGGUUUUUUGCUACGGUUUUAUACUCUUGGACGUGAACAAAAAAAAAAAAAAAAGAAGAAGAAGAAGACUUCGUUUUUCCCCCUUGACGAUUUGUAAACGUAGAUAAGGACACCUGUAUGUUGAUGUUCAAUGAAUAUUUAACCCGACUAUUGUUACACUAUUAUUAAAAAAGAAGUUUUAAAAAUACAUUCCAAUUUUUAUUUUUCUCUCAGCUCUGGUUCUCUACAUGUUGUACAUACGUGUAUCGAAAUACCAAUAUCCUUCUCAAAGAAAAAGGUGUAUCUCUUAUCGAUAGUAUUUAUACAAUCUCGAAGAAGAGAGAUUUAUUACGAAGCGAAGAAUGAAUUAUUUUUAUCUUAUCUUCCGGGGACAGAGCAGAGCGAUCUUUUGUUAUCCGUGUACAUCGACGACACACAUUCAUUCUUUGUCAUUGCGCGUGUAUCCUAUAAUAAAUGAUUUAAAUCUACAGUGUGCGUGUGUGUGAAAAACUAAAGUUUUUCUGUUAACUCUGUUGUAUACAGUGGCGCCUUGUUUGCUUAAAUUCGUGCACCAGUGAAUUUUUCGUUCGAAAAUCGUUUUCAAUUUUUGUGAUUUUAUUUGUAAUUUUUUCGUUUCUCGCCCUUGAAAGGGUGGUCUCUUUCUUCCAACUUUCAUUAUGUUUUACGCAUAUUUUAUACGAAGUUUGUAUAUGAUCGUCGACGAUAAUUUUUUUCUUUUGUCUCGUCCGGUCGAGGAGAAUAUUCAGCGUUCGAAUGCGAGCGUGUACCAUUGUCUCGGCCUGUCGACAAAAUGUACAGAUUCGCUAUUAACGUGGACUCUGUGUCCAAAUGCGAGACGUUCGAUCCGUUUCAAUGAUCUUCGUUCGUAUUUUAGCUCUCGUUUUGUUCAUUCUUGUUUUAUACGAGCUUAUUCGACUCUCGCCCCUUCCUCCAGUGGUAGAGAGACAACGAGAAUCAACACUCCAAACUCGACGUUGAAAUUUUGUCAGCGAUAUGUACAGAAUUUUAUUCGAAUAACGUAUAGUAAUACCAAGUACACGACGAUUUAUUCGCAACGUUUAAUCGGUAACGGGUCCGUUUAAUACAGGUAAAUUGUUAUUCGUUCAACUUGAAUCAUUAUUUAAUUCUAAUUUUUAUUUGUACUUGAUUCUCUGAUACUCGUUGUCUCGAUACCAUCCUCGUCAUUUAAACGGUGAUUCAAAAAACGAGAACUAAAAUAUGCAACGGAACGCAGCCGUGUCUCGUUUCCGUUUUCGUCCCUCUAUUUAUUCCGGUUGUGUCUGCACCGUGUCUCCUUUCCUUAGACGUAAGAAAACUAAUCCCUUAUCCGAUUGCAGCUUGUAAUGUAACAACGUAAACGAACAACCGACACGUAAGAGUUAUAUAUAUAUAUAACUAUAUAUGUAACUAUAUAUAUAACUAUAUAUAUAACUAUAUAUAUAUAUAUACAUGUGUAUAUAUUUAUACAUACCGUACCAUUAAUGCAACACGAGAAAUCUGACGAAAUAAAGUUUACGUAUGAACAUUUGAAUUACCUGAACGUAUUGUUACCUGUACACUCCGAGACACCUCGUUCAUGUUUGUGGCCGACGUUUCGAGUUCCGAACGUUUCCCAGCGAAACGUGGAUCCAUCGAUCAAUCAUCCCCUCGCGUAGUUCAUAGAAUUUAAUUUAUUUCACGGUCUGUCUCGCGCAUGGAAAUAGAAACGUGAGGAUUCGUCAAAGUACGAAAAAUAGAUCGAUGUAAUGGGCUAUCAAGAGAUUUCCCGUGUAUUCCAAUUUCUUUCAGACCAAAGUCCGAAUAGACCGUCCCGUUUUAUCUUUAUUUUUCGUAGCGUCGAAUCCUCCUCGGUCGAGAUAUACCGGACGGAUGACGGAAAGAAGGAAGUUCAGAGUCCCCUGUUCACCUACACGCAUGUUUAUAUGAACAUUUAUAUACAAGCAUACGUAUAUUCUAUAUGUAUAUACAUAUUGUACUACGCAAUGUACCAACAAUAUCAUUAUCGUGACGGUGGACCACAGCGAAGAAAAGCUCAAUGUAUAGUAAUGUAUAGAUUAUUGUAGCGAGAAGAGGAGAUUUUUUUAGGCACUGAGAAAGAUGCGCUUAUUACUUGGAAACUGCGCUUGCACCGAUCGAGCGCAACGAGGAAUAGUUCGAGUACGUUAAGCAGAGCAAUAUUCGUCCACUGGAGUAAAUAACGGGUUCACGGUGAUGCGUAUUAAAACCAAAGAAUGCUCGGUUGAUUUCACUAUAAAAAUAACUUGGAAAUGUGUAGCGAAAUAUUUUCUGUUCGUGGUUGCUUCGUUUUCCAGGCGAUUGAUUCGGAAAAUUACACGGAGCACGCGUACACCUGUCGAUCGGAGAUGGUCGAAAUUUGAUUCGAAUAAAUAGGCAAUAAUUUUGCCCAUCUCCGGUCUCGAUGCCACGAAUUUUACAUUUCCGAUUUAUUUUUGUUUACGAGUCAUCCUUUUUCCGGCCGUACCAAGAAUUACAGGAUAAACCUGUAUGUCGCAGCAAAACUGUAACUAACAAUUAUAAGAUUGAACGCGUCACGCGAACCUUUCGGUUUUAUACACGUGUUCGAGUAAGAAUUGUAAUCGUCCUGUAAAGUAUAUAUCAUGGCUCCUUUUGUACUGUGUCGACGCGACAUCGAUAGUAAGACAUUCCAUUCUGACCGCGUCUCGAGAUUUACGUAAAAUCGGACGUUGAUCCGCGUGCGAUCGUCCGCUCCGUGAUUAGAAGAUUCGUUUUCGAUUUUCUACCGACCCUUUUACCGCGCUUCGUUUCAGCGAAUGGUUUGCGACACCGAUAUCACCCUCGUAACGGAAUUGUAUAGAAAACAAAAAUAUAUAAAAACAAAAAUAUUUAAUAAACGAUUUAUGGAUCAUUCGAGUUUAGAAUAAACCCAUACCGUGAAGGAACAACUGAUCGUGAACCGAGGCUAGGUUUAAAUAUCGAUUGCCGUCUACCGCUUUAACCAUUGAAUUGCAAAUUGACCAUCACGCGUCCAACAAGGUGUAUUUUUUCUCGUCUCGCCACGAUUGCCAUUGAAAUUGAUAAAACGAAAACGUCGUACUAACGUACGUAUUUAAGGGGGUAUUAUCGUCUAGAAGUUUGUUUUUUUCAGUAAUUUUUAGGAAUUAAUUUUGCGAAAACUAUCAAACCUACAGUACCAGGGUUUUUUUUAUGCAUAAUAAAACACGUUUCAACUAACAAUACAAAUUUUUAUGAAAUACUUCAUUGAAAUCUAUACGAGUUAUGCGCUGUUAUGCAACUACAAUUUCCCACUAAUAUUUUGUCAUUUGUUUAAACGAGAUAUACGCUUGAUACUUGUUCAAGAAUUUCUUUGUUCGCGUUGAAUGGGGAAACUUUCGAUUCGUGUGCGCUGUUCAUUCGGAUUGUGACAAAACGAUGCGUCAUCGAGUUCACUUAGUCUCGAAAAACUGAAUUAAGAGCGAAUUUGAUAACCAAAGCUACAACUUGAGUACGAAUAAUGAUUCAGAAUUCGAUACGAGUAAAUGGUAGAUGAUCGACAAAAGCGAUGGAACCCGAGAGAAGCAUGUGCAUGUGUCAUCCACGAUCCUUGUGCUGUUGUGCUUGACAUGGCUUGGCACGCGUUGCCAAGAUGGUGGUAUUGGUGGUAGUAAUGGAGGCACGACGACGAUAGUCCAACUUCUUUGCGUGUCAUCGUCUCGCUUUGGUGUUUCUCUUUAAUUCUUCCUUAGCUCCACGGAUUCUCAGAGGGUGUUUGGCUUUCAUGAUGCACGUUGGUGUCGAGAAGCUGUUGAUGAUGUGUUAGUUGUGUGUGGUUGUGUGCAGUUGUGUGAAUCGUCACGAAGAGAUCGCUAGACGGUCGGUACAUCUGUGAGAUCGCUGGUGCGCCGUCCAAAAAUAGACAAAUGAACGAAGAGCGUGCCAUCCUUGUCGGUGGUUCCACGCAUUCUGUAACAAUGCAUAAUUAUUAAAAGGUUCGUGAUCAACGCCAAAUAGGAAUGGAAGUGCUCAAAACCAGCCAGGAGAUAGUGCAUGAAGGAUGGCUCAUUAAGUCGCCACCCACAAAACUUUGGCGAGCGCGAUGGAGGAAGAGAUGGUUUGCUCUUCGACAUAGCGGAGAGUUACCUGGACAGUACUUUUUAGAAUAUUAUACGGACAGACCUUGUAGAAAGUUGAAAGGUCGUAUCGACCUUGAUCAAUGCGAACAGGUAGAUGCAGGAUUAAGAUUCGAGAAUCGAAAACAAAAGUAUCAAUACAUGUUCAAUGUUAAGACACCAAAAAGGACGUACUAUUUAGUGGCAGAAAGCGAAGCUGACAUGAAUAAAUGGGUAGAUGCAGUUUGUCAAGUAUGCGGUUUGAAGGCAUACACGCAAGACGAAGAACAGCAAUGUCAAAUGUUCCAGUUUGAAACGCAAGAAUCCCCACCAAUUUCACCUACUAGCACUAUUUCUGGUCCUUACAUUCCUAUCAGCGAAUGCAUUUCUGGUCGUCGUUUAAAUGACACAAGUUCUCUUAAUUCUACACUUGGUCAAGGACCUGAACAUUACGAUGCCCCGAGACGAUUAGCCCCUUCUCCGCCUAGAUCUCCAACUACGACCGACGCGGAAAGUGUCUUUACCGAUGACGAAUGGUCUGCUCCUGUCCCUAGCGUUAACUGGGAUACGUUUCCUUCGGGUGAAUCGAAACAACCGCAAAGUUCAGGCGAUGCCGAGAUUGGUUCUUGGAGUGUUAGAAAACGAUUUGGGAAGUUGAGAAUCGUUGAUUCUGCUGUACUACCUUCUGUGGAGAAGUUACCAGCACCUCCUAGACCACCGAAACCUCCGCAUAUGUUACCUGAAAAUCCUGGUCAUAAUUAUUUAAAUUUAGAUGGUGCUACCGAAAGCUCAAAACCUACUACUCCGGCCACACCUGCACCAUCGACACCCGCGACUGCAAUCGUAACAGACGAGUCCUAUGAUUUUCCGAGAUCUCAUCAACCGGGUCAAGUACUCGAUCCAAAUCCGAUCGAUCGAUCGUCUAAACAUUUUUACUCGAACGCCGCCCCUAGUACUGUCGAAGAAACGCGCGUGUUCCGAUACGACUUUCAAGAAGAUGAACCAUCGAGUCCUCGCUCCGAAAGUUCGACAACUGCUACGUAUUCAAAUUUACCGAGUCCACUUGUCCGAGAUAAUUCAACUUCUGUGCCAACGACAAUGGCACCGCCACCACCAGUUGUUUACCGGGAAUUAAAACCAGGAAGAAAAACUAGCGAUUCCACAUCAAUUAUUAGUAAUGAACCUUCACCAGGACCAAUAGUGCCAGCUCUGGAAAUAAGUUCUGCUGAACAUUCGCCUGCUGAACCACCGAGUAUUAAUAGAAAGCUCAAACCAUCCUUAAACAAAUCUCCGGUGGAAAGUACAGGACCUCUACAAUUAGCUUCUCCCCCUGGAAGAGGAAGAAUAAGAGCAGCCCCUAGUCCAACGCCUCCGAGUCAUGUACAUUCAAAUCGACACCAGUCAACAUCGGAUGAAGAUAACAACGCUUUCGAUGACAAAGAAGAGAUAUACUACUAUCAAGAUCAAAAUACGUUCAUUCCUGCUUCAAAUCGGAGUCUUGUUGUUUUGCAAUAUUUAGAUCUUGAUUUAGAAGCAACAGAAAGUUUUACAUCUUCGAGUUUACCACCAACUCAAUCUCCGCCAAAUACAACGGUAUACAAAACAGUGGAUUUCUUAAAAACUGAAGCAUUUAAUCGUACUCGUCAACGAGUCGAAGAAGAAAGAAAACAAUGCACGGACGAACUUGCUUAGCGUAAGCUUUUGCCUUUGUUUUGUAUUUCCUUUGCUACAUGAAUCAUCAAAGAGAGAAAGCAGAAGAUUCGCAAACAGUUUUAAGUAGUGUAUAGUACUGUUACUAUUUUACUAGCACUUUACGACAUUACAAGGCUGCGACACGUACGCAGUACUUAGCGACUCUUCCGAUGCUUUUUAAAUUUUUAUGUUUGUUAUUAAGUCGAAGGUGAUUACAUAUCUUCGUUAUCAAUGAUAUACGACUAGUUGGAAACCGAAGAGAUAGCAAUAUUCAAUGGACCAAAAAUGUAAUGUUAAAGUUAAGGGAAAACGAUCAUGAGACGAUAAAAAAGGUCUUUUGCGUGACUUGAUGUAUUACAAUUUGUUAAAGAAUUUUUAAUUAGAAAAGUAAGUAUUAUUACAUGUAGGUACGGUUACUGUUUUUAUAUAGGUUUUACAUAUAACUAAUACGUGAAAGAGGCAUUUUUAUUAUCGACCAUACAACGAAUUACGUACGUAUGGUAUUGCUGAAAUUUUUAGAUAUCCUAAUUUUAACUAUUAAACAAAUAAUAUCUAAUAUAUUUUCGAUGUGCCUGAAUUUAUUGUUUUUUUUUUCCUGAGGUGAUGAGUUGUUUGUUAUUGCAUGGACGAACAGUAGGAUAUCAUAUUUAUAAACUACGAAUAUGAUGGACGGAUAGAAAUUAUUUCACAAUUACCCUUGAAAAAAUAUUAAGUAUUUUCGUUUAUAUUGGUUUUUAUAGUCUUUAAUGAAAACCGUUGAUAUAAUUAUUUAUGUCUUACGCUAUAUCAAUUAAAUUAUAUUUUUAUUGUUA